AUGAGCUUCGAAGUGGAUCGGUAUACGUCUGCUUGGGCACACAUCGCCCUUUGCGCUGAUCUCACAUGGGCCUCAGAACCACCCGAUGACUUUAUUAUCGCUAAUCAACGCCUUUGGGCACAACAUUGUCGUGUCUCCCAUGUACUUCAAGAUACAGGAUCAAAAUCAGCUCAGGAUUUAACAAACCAUUGUAAUUCAACAGAUAAACAUACUACAGCUCUCAAAGACAAUGGAGGUUCUAGAAGAAGAAGUGUGAAGGAUGUUAUACCUGAGUCUAGAUUGGCUCAAUUCUAUGGCAAUUUUUACUACGACGAUGUGAGAGAAAACUGUUAUACGUGUUCAAAUGAAAGAUCACACGUUCGCUAUAACGGUCAUGGCUGUGAAAAUCCUGAUCUUACAGAAUGUUGGAUGUUACCCGAGGUGGAGUAUUGGUUUUGUAAGUUAGUGGACAACUCAGAUCGCACGCUGCCACGUCGUCGCCGGCAGUACAAGAUGCUUGCUGAUAAUGAUUUCGAGCGCUGGAGCUCGUCUGCUGAGAGAGUCGCCGAUGAAGCUCUUUUAGAAGCUAGAAUCCGAAGCGUGCGACCACUGUGGAACCAACAAUCUGUUACAUAUCAAAACAGAAAGUCUACCAGAGUUCCAAGUCCACCACCAGUUUCUAGGAAAAUUCGAGCAAGAAGACGACAGCCGAAGAGUUUAGCGGCUUUGGCACCACCCCCACCUGCAUACUGCAUCGAAGCCCCAACUAAAUUGUUAUAUAAUCCCACUAACAAGUUCCAGUUUGACGUACCACGUCACCCACAACUGACGGAAUAUCAACGGGCAAUGGGUCGACUAUCAGCAAGUGUGCAAGCAUUGUUGCGAUCAAACGCAUCUCGAUGUCCACCUUAUAGAGGAACAAACGUCAGUCGAUACGCGCCAACUAUACCAAGACCACCGCGUUUUCCAGACAGACACUAUGGAGUUUCGUGGCCAAGAGAAAACCAAAAUAGAUUAAAUAACAAACAUAUAAUAAAUCAAGUUAAGAAUAAUAACACUGGUAAAGAAACGUCUAAAGAUGAAGUAAUAGAAAAGAAAGAUGAUGAGCAAAGUCAAGAAAAAAACCAGCAUAUUACCAAUAUUGAGACAGAGGAUCAGAACUCGGAAAUACAGGAUAAGCAACAGAAGGACAAUAUUGUGGAUGACGUGCAAUUACCAUCAACCAGCGCUGCUGCAAAAGAAGACUUAAGAAAGAAACGUCUUUACAGCACCGUUCUCAGUUCCAGUGUAGCAUCACCUUUUCAUGGAAACACUGUUGGUUGCAUAAGACUUUCGAAAAACCUUAAUACGCCAGGUCUUAUUAAACUAAACCCAAAACUAGCUAUGCCUUCAAGAAUCCGUUUGCCAGUCGUCGACAAUAAAUAUGAAGAACUAGAAAAGGAGGCAUUAGAGCAAUAUAAAGAUUCAGAUGAAAGUAUAGACACAAAAUUCCGCGAACUCGAAAAGCAAGCAGUUGAGCAAUACAGUACAAGUAAUAGUAAUACGAGUUGUAGUAGCGAUAAUUCGGGAGAGAAGAAAUUAGUUCAGAUGAAAAGUGAUAGUAAAAAGGAAAAACGGUCUGACAAAUCUCAAGACGAUAAAUCGGUCGAUAGCGUUGUGAUAUAUUCGCAAAACUUUCCCGAUCUUAACUGUAAAAAACACUCAAAUAGCGUCAAUUUAAAAAACUUCCACAUCCCCCCGAGGGGGGAAAAAAAGGAAAAUCAUAGACUCAAUAAAUGCUUACGAAAUGCUAAAAGCGAUUCGAAAGGAGCAGCAUCAGAUACUGAUUACGAAGCCAAAGAUUCAACCGUUAAAGGCUCGAAAGGUAGUAAGGGUGCGCUUAGGUGGACAUUACACGUCAUGCCACCAAAGAAAAGACACAUAAGUUUAUGCGUUUCUGACUUCUCCUCAGAUGAGGAUAUAAAAGAUACGAGCGGUGCUAUAAAAGAUGCUGGACCCUGUAUUAAAAAACAUCUAACUGGUAAAAUUAAAUUAUCCGCGCACGGUGGAGGUGAUUUACAUCCAAUAAUAAGAAAAACAUAG